AGCGAUAAGUAACGGAGCUCGAAGCUGAGGCUAAUAGUUUAGGAGUCUUAUCUGGACGAGGUUUGUAUGUUAUUGUGAUUGAGGAACUCAUUGACCAUGGACAGACUGAACCGUCUGGUGCGGGGGAUCUCUAUCAUCAUGCUAUGGGCAAUAAUCAUCAUGGUGGCAGGACUAACGUCUGGAACCAAGGCUGCGAUUGCCGGAAGUCAAACAGAACGCGUGGUAGAACUGGGACGUGGCAAGUCGUUGAUCGUCAAGACACCUCAAUACAUAUUCGCAUAUAGGUCGGCAUAUUUUGGUGACGUUGAAGGUUUCUAUACCUGGAUCGUCAAAACGCCGCAGAACUGUACUGUCCGGAUUGAGUUUAUUGCCCUCAAUGCGAAGGUGCCCGGAGAGAUUCUAGAGAUCGGAUCAGGAAACGAUACAUCUACAAAUCAUAUUUGGAGCUUGACUGGAACUCAGGCGAAUAUCCCGAGGUGGUUUGAAAUAGAUUCAAACGUUGUGUGGAUGUGGUUCAGAUCAAAUGACCACAAGAAUCCUACAUCGCAUGGAUUCAGUGCUAUUAUAAGGCCUACGUGUGAUCAAGAUAUAAACACACCGUCAUACAUCGACACGAGAGGUUCUGGUGUAUCACUAUUAAGCGGGGUUUCUUACACCAUAGCUUCACCUAAUUCCCCUCAGAACCAUCCUCCUUCCUUGAGUAGGAUCUGGCUUAUUAAACUCCCUCAACCUGCUUGUCAACUUACCAUCGAUUUCGACAAAUUUACAACAAGAUCGGUAGAUGCCAUGCUUGAGAUCAGUUCAUCUGCUUCAUUAGACACUGUUCGUGCUGUCUUAUAUGGUGACGUCAUACCGGAACCAAUAACCUUCACCUCAGACUAUGUUCUCAUUCGGUUCAGCAGCCGAACGUACUACAUCCCUGAUAUCACCACAGGAUUCAAAGCUCAUCUAUACGCUGACUGUGAAUCAGGUGUUUCAUCUGCUACGACCACCGGGCAGCCAAGCGAGGGAACCGCUGCCACUCAGCCAACUACCGUCAAUGCUACAACACCAGUCUCAUCACGUAACUCCAUGGUCCCAUCUACACCAUCUGCAGUAGUUCCCAUACAGCAGAAUGUAACGAAUGGUACAACGGGUGAGCUUCUUCGCCGCUCCUACUCCAUCACAGACCGGGGAAUGGUGCAGAUGUUCCGUGGGUGGGUCGAUGUACAGGGCCAGGGCACCCCCAACGAUUUCUGCAGGGUCGUGCGCACCGAUGGAAAGUCAUUCCUUUCAUGUCUUCUCGCUGGAUCUGAAGAAGAUGAUUUACUAGCCUAUACUUCCCCCAACCCCUCCGUAGAAUGGUUUGAUCCAGGUUAUUCCAAUACAUGGUACAUGAAGGAUGAGGAUAAUGAUGGGCGAGACGACUAUUGCAGAUGUACUGGUGGUGUGCCAUCUACGUUGGUUGUCUGUAUGAAAGCUGGAGCAAAUGGAUUUGAGGGACCUGGCAGCGAUUUCUCACCUCCUAACUCCCCUGAGGAAUGUCUCUUCCACCAAGCCGAUCCCUUCUUUGGCUUCUAA